AUGCUUCACAACGCCACCAUCCCUCUGUCGGUGGAUUUCAACACUCCGGGGGACUUCCUCAUCUUCAUCUUCCACAUUCUGUUCGCCACAAGCGCCGUGCUCGUUGCCGGCUCGGUGAUCAUCGGUAUAUCCUUCACCCGGUCUCUGCGAGUCCAGAACCGUUUCAUAUUUAUGCUGAACACUAGCAUCAGUGACACUCUGACCGGCUUUUCGGUGUAUUAUCUCGGCCUCUUUGACGUUCAAGAAGGCUAUCCCUCAAGAAACGGGACAUAUUACAUUUUACCCUCAUUUCUAGGUGUCAAUGUGUUAACCUUUCUCUUCGCUCAGUUUGAUCGCUACUUAGCUGUGUGCCAUCCAUUCUUCUACAACCGCUACAUCACAAGGUCUUUUGUCAUAGGGGUUUGCGCGUUUUGCUGGAUUUACACGUACACUAUCCUCACUGUGCAGAAUAUGGUGCCUAUUUCAAAGGCAGCUCAAAUAAACGCGUUUGGUGUUAUGACUCUGCAGAUUAUAGUUCUUGUUAAAGUGUUGAUGACGAUUAAACUUUACAUCAUAGCCAGGAGUCACCUAGCGAGAGAGGCGCCCAGUGCAGAGAGAGACAACAAAAAGGAGUCGCUACGCAUUAUUGUGUUUGUGGUUAUGUGCUUCUUGGCUUUGUGGUGUCCAUCCUUUGUCAAUAUUAUUGUCAGACAGUUGACUAGACAGGGUCUGAGGUUUAGGAAUGAAGCCACUAACCUGUUCGCCAUCAUGGCACGCCUGAACGCCCUGGUCACCCCGACUCUGUACAUCUGGGGCAGUCCGGCGCUGCGCGAGGCCGUGUGGAGAACAGUGUGGCGGUGGGUCUGUCCCAGACGGAGGAUCAGGUAA